AUGCGAAGUAUUGAGGGAGACAGUCCUCCAAUCGUGAAAAGAAAAACACGUCUACGAUCAACUGCGUCGGCGAUCUCUCGAACUCGACCCUCUUCGAGUAAAAGCCGAGCCACACAAUCAGUGAAAGGAAGUGUUCCAGAUCAUAGGUUUUCUCCGCAGCUGUCUCCGCCUCCUUCACGGAAACGUCCCUCUGAUGUUGCGGACCAGGAGCAGCUCCCAAAGCGUCAGCGCAGCGCUAGUCAUGGGUCUGUUGGAGAAGUGGACUUAGCUCAGCCAGACCAGCAGAAGCAGAAGCAGAAAGUAGAUGAAGACGAAGAGGCAAUUCAUCAACCAGGCCAGCAGCACCAGGGAGCAGAUAAAGACGAAGAAGCAAUGCCUCAACCAGACCAACAAAACGAGAAUGCAGGUGAAGACGAAGACGAAGAGGCAAUUCCUCCAAUGUCCUUUUUCGAUGGUAUCAAUAAGAACAUUGGCGCUUCCGUCGCGCCAGAAGAGCAACCAAGUCUACUAUCCAACAGUGUCGAUAAUCCUACCGAGAAUGACGAUGGAGCACUUUCUCAUGUUGACACUUCACGAGAGAUCAGAUUCGAGAAACCAGCCGUCUUCGACACUGCAGAUCAACAUAGAAGCAGUACGGCUAGAGCCUUGACUGAAGCAGGAGACAUAUUACUUGGGAUAGCUCUACCAGAAGAGUCGCCUCAACCGGCGCAGUCAGUUUCUCAGCCUGGAUCUCUACAACAGCAUGAACCUUCACAGCAACUUGGGUCCUCUCAACGGUCUGAGUCUUCGCCGGACUUACCUGAACUAGGAGCUAUAUUAGACAGAUACAAAACAGGUCAUGCAGAGGCACCUCAACCAGCGCAACCAGUUUCUCGGCCUGAGUCUUUACAGCGGCCUGAUUCUUCUCAGCAGCCAGAGCCCUCGCAAAGGGGACCUCAACAGUCAGGUCACCGAAAAAGUGGACAACAGAGGAAAAAAGCGACAUAUUAUGAGUUUAACCAAGGUUCAGAGUUUUUGCCAGAACAAUCGACACAGCCAAUCUCAUCGAGAAAUCCACAAGCCUACGAGAGCAUAUAUGAUGUGCCUGACUCGCCUCCAAGGCAGUCAAAUCAAACCAAGCUUGUUGAGAGGUCGCAGAAGGCGCUUGUGUCAACAGGUAGGGGUAAUCCGAAGAUGAAGCAAAAGCAAAAACGUAACCAGGCUAGUCGACGAAGGAGCAGCUCUACCCAGCACCAGGACGAUGAAGGGCAACAAGAGAUUUCCCAGGACUACGGCGAUGAACAUGGGGACAAUGACUCCGCCUCUAGCGGCGACGAGCCCGAGAUGAAUCAAGAGCAAGAGCAAGAUGUACCACAACAAGUUGAAGAUUCACUGAUGCUUGAUGCACCACCGGCCGAUUCACAGGCCGCAGAUUCCAUACAUACAAUCCGUAUAAAGCAAAAAAGAUCCUGGAAAAACGAAUUUCUCGACCACGCAGCCGACAAAUCAGACGAGCUGUCUUCCCAGCCUGAUUGUCCUGUUCUUUCAGCAAGAAUUCUGGCCCAGUUGUUUAACCUCUAUGAGUUGUACAAGGAUAUUCCUAAAGCACCAAAAAUUGAUCAAUUGGCAUAUCAAAACGAAAAGGCGACAAAGUUCAGUGAUUUGAUCAGCAAUCUUCGCCAUUCCAUUGAUUCGUUCAUCGGGAGCAUCAAUAACUUCAUGAAAAGUGCCACCCCAGAAGAAGUACAAGUCGGCUCCAGGAGUGUUACGAGACUACGCAAGCGAAUCAUUCCCAUGUUAGUGCUAUUACUGGACGUGAUAUUUGAAGCUGGAUGUGGGCAAUCCGCUUCGGAUGGUAAAAAGGCUUCCAAACAAACUGGAGAGUUCACGGUAUAUCUGUUGGAGCCGCUAGAACGGGCUGUGGGUUGGGCCGGAAGAGCUUUACAGGCGGUGGAAGGAUGGUAUGAGCUUCACCCUCCCAGGAGGGAACUUGAUACAGCAGAAGAGGCAAAAGCGAACCGCGCUGUAUUUGGUUCUGCCCUAGCCACACUCAAGCAAGAGUUAAGGAGAGCCAGGAAAGACCUGGAAAAGCCCAGGCCAUCGACUGCGGCACUCAUGCAACGAGACGAAGCUAUCCAAAAGGAGCGUGAAGCCAGAGAGCAGGAACGUCGAGAAAGACAAAACCUUCAGAUGCAACGAUUCAGGGAGUCAAUCCAAAGGAUUGAUCCAUAUAGACGACCGGCUAGAGCGAGGCCUAUCCGACAAGCAGUGUCUGCUCUUUAUCGACCAAGUCAACCACGCUCUGCCCCCUCUACCAUGGUUCUCAAUCGCUCUCGCAAUUCCUCUGGCGUCAGUCUCUCCUUGCCCAGCGCAACCGCCCCGUCUCAGCCGCUGUCGGACAGGGAAUACUACGAGCGACAUGGAUGGUACUAUUGGGAAGAUGAUCAGAUUCUGACCUUGAUCAGAACCACAGCGCAUCCCAACUACGAAAACUUUCAAUGGAUGCUCCCUGAUCGGAGCCCUGACGAACUAAGAGAGCGAUCAAGAUAUUUGAAGCUGGUCGAGACCACCCCAAGAGAAUACUACUUUUAA